GCUCGCACCGUCCCCCAGAUCUGGAGUUCCCGAUGUUCCAGUGCCCUUGCAUUUCCACAGACUGGGACGGUGUGGAUGUCUUGACAAUCUCUCCUGCUACAAUGCCGUGCUGGAGCUUUCGCUUGGGCUCCGCAACGCGACCGAUGUUCUCGCUCGCUCAUCGAACCACAGCGGAGACCAAGGCUGUGCGUUAACCGUGUGUAUUUCGGAAAUGGACGAUAUGCUCAAGAACUCGCUGCUCGGCGAUAACCCUUCACCGAUGGUUGAACAGCAGUAUGAUCCCCUCUACUAUGAUCGCUCGAUGAUUGAUCCCAGCAAUUCGUUGGGAUGGGACCACUUUACGAACGAGGAUUUUAUGUCUUGGUCACAAGGAGGCUCGUUUAGUGGUGGUAGAUAGAGAGCACCCGUUUCAUGUUUUCAUACAGCAGAUCUAGAUAGAUUGAGCAGUUUUUGAUUGCUUUGAGCAUUUGUUUAUGCGUACUUCAAUUGCCUGAUUAGGAAUAUUGAUGGGCAUGUGUCACGCGGCCUCAAUACUAGGUUUCGAACGAUGGCUAAAGGACACAGAGACUUGAUAGCUGGUUAGUUCUGGCGUGCCGAGAUUUUUCAACCUGGGUUGAAUAUCACAAAUAUCGUGACCAAGCAAAUAUCAACAAGGGGCAAAGACUCCGAACGAGCAAAAGUUACCCAGUCUACAGGCGGCGCGGCCGCCUUGCCCGAACCCGCAACCAGCUUCGACAUGCGGGUAGAUCAAUGUGCUCCGAGCGCAGGAUUCGGACUUUCAUCAUUCACAGUACGGCCAUUGGUCGGAAGCAACGUCCGGUUCGGUGAAAUGUGAAAUGGAACUCCAUUGAGAUGGCUCCAACACACAGGCGGUGUUGUUCCCGCUUGCCUGUCUCUCUCUUACAGAUCUUCCCGUCCCGUGAUAUCUGCUUUGGCUGUUG